UCGGGGAGUGCGCGAGGUGGCUGUGGCUGUGUGCACUAGCGGAGACAAAGCGGUGGUUGUAGCGGCGGCGGCUGCAGCAGAGCAUCCCUGAGCGCCGAAUUUUGUGGGGCUAAGUCCUGUCAUAAUCUCAUCUAGUGCGGCUCCCGGACGGCAGCGGCGGCGGAGGAGGCGGCAGCGGCGGCCGCGGCGGCCGCGGCAGCACAUGGUUCCAAGAGCGCGCUGCGGUUGUUGGGUUCCAGAUCCGCGGGGAGGGACAAAGGCUGCUGCGAGCUCCCGGCAACGCCCGGUCGGGUGGUGCGCUCGCGACUGCCCUCGAUCCGGGUCUUGAAAGCUGAGACUAACUCCUCUCUGUGAGGAGGAAGCCACGGGACCGAGGGCCGGAAAGGGCCUGAGAGGCUGAGGCCGCUGUCUGAGGGAAGUGGGGGAGGGGCGCGGCCCGUUUGAGGUGAUUUGGGCGGGCCAAUUGUGAGGUAAUUUGACCCACCACCCUGAGGAAAUCAGGGUGGUGAGGUUUGGUCGGGCUUGGAAAAAAGAAAUCAGCAAGCAGGGUUUGGUUGGGCUUGGAAAAAAGAAAUCGCCCUCUGCGUUCUUUCCGCUCUUUCCGUUGGGAGGUGGUAAAGCCGAAACUAGCGCCAUAUGCUCUCCAUCGACAUCGAGGUCACCAGUCAAGAAUCUUUUUAAUUAUUACUGGUGGCGAAGACAUGGGGGAUUGUUCAAUUUUAUGACAGAAGUGGGUAAGUUUAUAGGUUGGUAAAUUUCCGGAUUGGUAAACAGGAAAUUUAGGGGUACAACAACAAAAAAGGACUGAAGAACAUGAAGAUGGAGCAGUAAUAAACCGAUAACUCAAGGAUCAUCUACUCCAGGACCAUCCAUAUUUGACUCAACUUGAAGUAUCGCAACUUAACUCUAAAAGCUCCUUAGAUCUACAGGUUUUUUACGUAGUACGUUCCAAAAUAUUACGUCAUAGUCAUUGAGAAGAUACAGAAAAACUUAAAGAAGAAAUCAAUUGUAGUUGUAAACAAAUCUUUGAACAUAUUUUGGAUAGAUACUAGCUUUGUUUAAUUGUCAUUAAGGAGCUGGGACUUCCCAAGCCUUUACCGGAAGGAAUCCUACAAAAUCUGUUCCUUUAUAAGGUUAUAUUUCCUAGUUAGUGGGUAAAAGGCUGAAGACCUCAUUGCAGUCAUGGCUUUCACAAACUACAGCAGUCUGAAUCGAGCUCAGCUAACCUUUGAGUAUCUGCACACAAAUUCAACCACUCAUGAAUUUUUGUUUGGUGCUCUUGCUGAACUGGUUGAUAAUGCAAGAGAUGCUGAUGCCACCAGAAUAGAUAUUUAUGCAGAAAGGCGAGAGGACCUUCGAGGAAGAUUUAUGCUUUGCUUUUUGGACGAUGGAGCAGGAAUGGAUUCGAGUGAUGCUGCCAGUGUGAUCCAGUUUGGGAAGUCUGCCAAACGAACACCUGAGUCCACCCAGAUUGGGCAGUACGGGAAUGGGUUAAAAUCGGGCUCAAUGCGCAUUGGGAAGGAUUUUAUCCUCUUCACCAAGAAGGAAGACACCAUGACCUGCCUUUUCCUGUCUCGCACCUUUCAUGAGGAAGAAGGCAUUGAUGAAGUGAUAGUCCCGUUGCCCACCUGGAAUGCUCAGACCCGGGAACCUGUCACAGACAAUGUAGAGAAAUUUGCCAUUGAAACAGAACUCAUCUACAAGUACUCUCCCUUCCACACUGAGGAGGAAGUGAUGGCCCAGUUCAUGAAGAUUCCUGGGGACAGUGGAACACUGGUGAUCAUCUUCAAUCUCAAACUCAUGGAUAAUGGAGAGCCAGAACUAGAUAUAAUCUCAGAUCCAAGAGAUAUCCAGAUGGCAGAGACCUCCCCAGAGGGCACGAAGCCAGAGCGGCGCUCAUUCCGUGCCUAUGCUGCUGUCCUUUAUAUCGACCCCCGGAUGAGGAUCUUCAUCCACGGGCACAAGGUGCAGACCAAGAGGCUCUCCUGCUGCCUAUACAAGCCCAGGAUGUACAAGUACACAUCAAGCCGUUUCAAGACCCGUGCUGAGCAGGAGGUGAAGAAGGCAGAACACGUAGCACGGAUUGCUGAAGAUAAGGCACGGGAGGCGGAGAGCAAAGCUCGGACCUUGGAAGUACGCCUGGGUGGAGACCUCACACGGGACUCCAGGGUGAUGUUGCGACAGGUCCAGAACACAGCCCUCACCCUGCGCAGAGAAGCUGAUGUCAAGAAGAGGAUCAAGGAGGCCAAGCAGCGAGCAUUGAAAGAACCUAAGGAACUAAAUUUUGUUUUUGGGGUCAACAUCGAACACCGGUACUUGGAUGGCAUGUUCAUCUACAACUGUAGCCGCUUGAUCAAGAUGUAUGAGAAAGUGGGCCCACAGCUGGAAGGAGGCAUGGCAUGUGGUGGGGUUGUUGGUGUUGUUGAUGUGCCCUACCUGGUUCUGGAGCCUACACACAACAAGCAGGACUUUGCUGAUGCCAAAGAGUACCGGCACCUGCUGCGGGCCAUGGGGGAGCACCUGGCGCAGUACUGGAAGGACAUUGCGAUUGCCCAGCGGGGAAUCAUCAAGUUCUGGGAUGAGUUUGGCUACCUCUCUGCCAACUGGAACCAGCCCCCAUCCAGUGAGCUGCGUUACAAACGCCGGAGAGCCAUGGAAAUACCUACUACUAUCCAGUGCGAUUUGUGUCUGAAGUGGAGGACCCUCCCCUUCCAGCUGAGUUCUGUGGAAAAAGAUUAUCCUGACACCUGGGUUUGUUCCAUGAACCCUGAUCCUGAGCAGGACCGAUGUGAGGCUUCUGAACAGAAGCAGAAGGUUCCACUGGGGACAUUCAAAAAGGACCUGAAGACUCAGGAAGAGAAGCAGAAGCAGCUGACAGAGAAAAUUCGCCAGCAGCAGGAGAAGCUGGAGGCCCUUCAGAAAACCACACCCAUCCGUUCCCAAGCUGACCUGAAGAAACUGCCCUUAGAAGUGACCACUAGACCUCCCACUGAGGAACCUGCACGUAGACCUCAGCGUCCUCGGUCUCCCCCUUUACCUGCUGUGAUCAAGAAUGCCCCGAGUAGACCCCCUUCCCUGCAAGCUCCCAGACCACCCAGCCAGCCCCGAAGGGCUCCUAUCAUCAGCAGCGCCCCAAAGCCUCCUGUCUUGGCAGCCCGUGAGGAGGCCAGUACAUCCAGGCUGCUCCAGCCCCCUGAAGCACCCCGAAAGCCUGCGAACACUCUGGUCAAGGCUGCACCCCGGCCUGCUCCUCUGGUGCAGCCACUAUCACCAUCUCUACUGCCCAACUCCAAGAGCCCUCGGGAGGUCCCUGCCCCCAAAGUCAUGAAGACUCCGGUGGUCAAGAAGCCAGAGCUGCCCACUAAACUCUCCCUGGCUACCCCUGUUCGAAAGCGGAGUCUGGGGGUCUCUGAGGAGGAAGAAGCCGAGGAAGAGGCUGAGAGGAGGAAGGAGAGGAGCAAGCGGGGCAAAUUUGCUGUGAAGGAAGAAAAGGAUUUGAAUGAGCUCUCAGACAGUGCUGGGGAAGAGGAGCCAGCUGACGUCAAGAGGGCUCAGAAAGAUAAAGGGCUGCAUGUGGAGGUCCGUGUGAACAGGGAGUGGUACACAGGCCGUGUCACAGCCGUGGAGGUGGGCAAGCAUGUGGUGCGGUGGAAAGUGAAGUUUGACUAUGUGCCUACAGACACGACACCACGAGACCGCUGGGUGGAGAAAGGCAGUGAGGAUGUACGGCUGAUGAAGCCCCCUUCUCCAGAAUAUCAGAGCCCUGACACGCAGCAGGAGGGCGGGGAGGAGGAGGAGGAGGAGGCAGCGGCAGCAGCAGCAGCCAUGGUGCCCCAGCAGGCUGUAGCCAUGGCAGAACCCUCCACUUCAGACUGCAUCCGCAUUGAGCCUGACACCACUGCCCCGAGCACCAACCAUGAGACCAUUGACCUGCUUGUCCAGAUCCUCCGGAAUUGUUUACGGUACUUUCUGCCUCCGAGUUUCCCCAUCUCCAAGAAGGAGCUGAGUGCUAUGAAUUCAGAUGAGCUAAUAUCUUUCCCUUUGAAAGAGUACUUCAAGCAGUAUGAAGUGGGACUCCAGAAUCUGUGUCGUUCGUACCAGAGCCGUGCUGACUCGCGGGCCCAGGCCUCAGAGGAGAACCUGCGUACCUCUGAGAGAAAGCUCCGUGAGACAGAGGAGAAGCUGCAGAAGCUGAGGACCAACAUCGUGGCUCUCCUGCAAAAGGUGCAGGAGGACAUAGAUAUCAACACAGAUGAUGAACUGGAUGCCUACAUCGAGGACCUCAUCACCAAGGGGGACUGAGGAGCUAGGAGCUCCCCUGCCCACCUGCCCCUCAACGCAGCAGCUUCUGGAGGGUGGGCCAUUCAUGGGUUGGUGGACUGACCUUGGUUUGACUCACAUGGGACAUUUGUGCUUUUGGAGGGAAAGAUACUCUGAUUCUUUGAAUCUUCCUCCCUAAGUUUAUAAAUAUUUAUUUUUUAAAAGAAACAAGAUGCUGUGCCUGCUGUGAGACCAUACAUUUUUUGUGACUCUUGGACAAAGGACAGAGAACCUU